AUGAAUAACUCUGAAGACACGAUUGGAACUUUAAAUGAUAGCUUCAUAGACAACAUUCCAUCAGGUGCAGUUUUAUAUGGACGACACGAAUUUCUGCAGAUUAGGCCUGAACUGGCAAUUCCGUGUAUAAUUGUACUUGGCUUUGCGUCUCUUGUUGGAACGUUCGGUAACUUGUUGAUUCUGUUUGUCAUUGCCACAAAGAACAAACUAAGGAAAGUGGAGUCUAUUUUCAUCGUGAAUUUGGCCAUUUCGGACCUGUAUGUAACCACUAUGGCCGAUCCCAUGAGUCUUAUAGCCAAGAUAGAGGGAGAGGAUUUCUUUGGGAGUAUACCAGGACUCUGCAAGACUGUUGCCAGUAUCUGUACCAUAUCGUGUGUGACGUCAAUGAUGACGAUUGCUGUCAUGAGCUUGAACAGAUAUGUUUUUAUUUGCGCCAACGACAUGUAUAACAAAAUAUUUACCAAGACAACGUGUUUCGCAAUAUCAUUAUCGCUAUACGCUAUUGGAAUAAUUCUCGUCCUGAUAAAUACAGCAGGCGUAGGUGACCAUGGUUUUGAUCGAAAAAGUUUAGAAUGUAUAUGGGACAGAAUGGAGACGUUUCCAUUCACGAUUAUAUUUUCUGUCAUUUUGGUAUGGAUACCUUCAUUUAUCACGGGUUUAUGCUAUCUGAGGAUAUUUGUUUACGUCCGGACACACAGACGUAGAAUACAGAAGCAAACCUCUCAAUCAUACAAUGUCGACAGGCCGCUGAAGAGUUUCCGCCUUGCUAAAACGUUGUUUUUAAUUUACGCCGUAUUUGUGUCAUGUUGGACGCCCUACGCACUUCUUAUUGUUAUCGAUUCGAAAGACACAUUUCCGCACGAAGUCCACCUAUACAUUACUUUAUUUGCCCAUUUGCACCCGUCUAUGAACUGGUUUAUCUACUUCAUGACAAAUACACACUUUGCAAAGGCGUACAAAGAGGUUUUUGAAAAGUUUUUGUUGUGUAAAACACAAGCGUGCUCCUGUGUAUAUAGAAUAGAGAUACAUCAAAAUAUGAUAGAAACACCACUGACGUCAAGGUCAUUGAAGCCAUUAGACACAUCUAGUCUAAUGCCUCUUAACGGCUUCCGGAAACAGGGUCCUGCUACAGUAACAAUAGAAGCCGUUGCUGAUACUGUUAUAUAA